UUGGAUGCUGGCCUUUGGAGCCGCUGGUUCGCUGCGAUGGUCUCAGUUUCGUGACGGCAGUCCCCACGAGUGGAGGCUAUCACACACGUACACGCCUUUUGUGCUGAGUAUCGCGAGUGCGUGCUGGUAGCCGUUACAGUCAUUCGAAAUUUCCAUCACCCAAGCCCAUUUCCAAUGCAACCGUCGUGAGUGUGAUCUAGUUGGCAUUGAUGAAAGCGGAUCCAAGUAUGCCACUGCUGUCACGCCAAAGUCUGUAAUUAGUGCGGAAGCCGUUCGAUUCAAUCGUCAGUGAAGUGCAUCUGAAUUGUGUAUUAUCGAAAGAAAUCAAUGCUUUUCACGCUGAAAUUUAGAUCUUCUUCGAUUGAUUGUAGGUGUGUGUGCGUCCGUUUUGUUUGUGCAACUAACAUCGCAGAGAAUGAUAAUGAUUGGUCGAUGUGUUUAGCAAACUAGUACGCAUCCUUCAGACAAGAUUACUUCAGUGUAAGUCAACCUUGUGCGUGUGUGUGUUGGUUUGUGUUUCGUAUUGUAAAGUGCACCAGCAGUACAUGAUGGCAUUGUCCUUGCUAAUUGUGUGUGCCACACCGCUGAAUUACAGUGAACAGAUGAGAGUGAUUGGUUUGUACAGUGGAAGUUGGGGGUUUUUAUUUUAAGUGCAGCUAAAACUAAAACGUGCUACGCAAAGUAUUGAUUUGCCAUACAUAAAGUACAAAGCCAGGUACAAAGGCAUUUGAUUGUGCGUACAUUCCUUGAAGCCGAUUGACAUUCUGGACAUUCCCCUACAUCACCCCGGCAUAUUAUCAUCGCAAGCUUUCCAUGCGAAUGUAAUCAAAUCGAAUUUUACAUUACAUCGCACAUGGUGUUUGAGCAGUAGAGUUAGCCACACUAGGUCGUGAUAUACUAUAUUUCAUUGUUUGAAAAUAACUCUAGUCAUCCCGACAUAUCGCAAAAAGUCUGUGAUCAGCUCCUACAUGGCAGUGGAUUCCUAUCGUCGUAGUCCUUGGCAUAAAAGUUGGCACUUUCGCUCGACCAUGUAUUGCGCCGCUUCGUGGACAUUCUGGACAAAGCUGCUGCUGAUUCACGUAUGCUACAUAUCCAUCGGAGCGGUACGCAACGGGGACUGGGCCGCGAAGAACAGCAACGAGUGGCGGCCACCGGAACCAAACCCAUGGUCACCGUUCGCUGGUUCCGCUGACAGCCCGGUGACACUGUUGACAAGUUCGCUUGACCAUGCCGCUCAAAGCAGCGGCUCAUCCGCACAUUUUGUGUACCACGAGGGACACGGAAGAAGCAGCGUAAAGGUUGCUGAGACUCUCCGUACGAGGGUCGAUUCACCGUCAAGCGUAACAAGUUUGUACCGGCUAGGGCAAACCCCCCAUACAUUACCCUCCGAUUCGCACAUCCCGUUGGAAACGGUGGAAAAACAUUUCCUGUUCCGGCGUGAUUUGAGCAAAACACAAAGUACGUCGCUAAGGCAUACAUUAGCACCGGCUCAGGCGUGGGCAGACAAUGGAGCCGGCCCUAUUUGCCAAGAUCCUGGAUCGAUGGACGGAAAUUGUACCACGAACCGGGAGCGGCCACCAACAUUAAUGACCAACGCAAGCAAUGUCAACCCCGCGGAGGACCUGCUAGUUCCGUUCGCUUCCAACCACAGCUAUACGGAGAACGGUUCCGCGUUCUGGAUACUGAAGGACCUGGAAUUAGCCACACUCCAGUCACCGCUCGAGGAUAAUCAUACCACCCACAGCUAUCCAGCAGUGGACCUAAACGACCAUAACGAUGUGCUGUGCGACGACGAUUCGGAUCAGAUGGAGUACAACGAGAACUGUUUCAUCGAUCACAACGUUACUUGCGUUGGCGAUCCGGACUUUUGCAAUCUCACAUACAGCGAGUACCGACAGCUGUUGAUGGAUUACAUCUAUCCUUCGACGGGCGAAUGGAUUCUGAUUGCCUCGCACACUGUCGUCUUUCUUAUGGGAUUGGUUGGAAAUGCACUGGUUUGCAUAGCGGUUUACACCAACCAUACGAUGCGCACCGUGACAAACAUCUUUAUCGUCAAUCUUGCAGUGGCCGACUUUUUCGUUAUACUGUUCUGUUUGCCACCGACCGUUGUUUGGGAUGUGACAGAAACGUGGUUCAUGGGAAAAGCCAUGUGCAAGGUGGUAAUCUACUUUCAGACCGUUUCGGUGACAGUUUCGGUACUAACGCUUACGUUUAUUUCGAUCGAUCGAUGGUAUGCGAUAUGUUUUCCCCUUCGCUACAAGCCUAGACCCGAACGUGCCUGGCGCUCAAUUGCCCUCAUUUGGCUCAUUGGCUUCCUGUCGGAUCUCCCCGAAUUCCUGGUCCUGACAACGAGACGCAAGAAGCUACGCUUUGACAUCAAACUUUUCACCCAAUGUGUUGCAACGUGGGACAACGAAACGGAGAAAACUUUCUACAUCGUCAAGUUUGUGCUACUGUACACGCUCCCGCUACUAUUCAUGACCGUAGCCUAUUUCCAAAUCGUUCGCGUACUGUGGCGCUCGGACACUAUACCCGGCCAUCGGGAAUCCCGCAAUCAGCCAUGUGGCAUUCACAGUACCAGGACGACACUCAAUUGCGUGGGGAAUACAAGCACUAUGGGGCAGCUGCGUGCGCGCCGGAAAGCGGCGAAAAUGCUAGUGGCAGUAGUGAUCAUGUUUGCCGGCUGCUAUUUUCCUGUCCACAUGCUAAACGUCGCAAGGUAUACUGUCGAUAUUGGACAAAGUGAUAUAGUGGCUGUGCUAUCUUUAUUUUCUCACUGGCUCUGCUACGCCAACAGCGCCGUUAACCCUGUGAUCUACAACUUCAUGAGCGGAAAAUUUCGCCGUGAGUUUAAAAAUGCACUCGAAAAGUGCCGCUGCCUAAGAAGCUCCCACGCCUAUGGUGGACGUGUCGGGGGUUAUGAUGACCGUUCGCUCUGCCACACCGCCACACGGUUAAACGUCAGCCCCAGCACCAGAAGCAAUUAUCAUUUGGCCAGUGUAAGAGAUGCCAGGUUUAAGCAACACACGCAGCAAACGUCAUUCAAUGGCAGCCGCCAUCAGCACGGCCGUAACAGCAUCAAUCAUCCCGGCAGUCUGCAGCCACAAAUCUCGCCAAUCUCGGUCGAGGAGCGACUGGCGCUCACCAAAAGCUUGGACGGUGAAACCCUUCAGCUGACAAAUCGCAAAAACUCUUCCACCCUCACCGGAAGCAGUAACGGUAGCGGCCUAGGAAAUGGCAAUGGAAACGGUGCCGGCAACGGUAGCCCAUCUAUGCUACACCAACACCAGCACGGUAACCUGCACAGCCACCACAGUGAACAGCACAAGGACCAAACGCUAGCGGAGGACGCGACCACCACUCUGCAGGAACAAUCUGUCACUGCUCCAACGACCAUGCUAAUGAUUGUAAAUAAAUCGAGCAAUUGUAAAAUUGGUGGCACUUGACAGGCAAAGCUGCACGUUUCCUGGCGGAAGCCUCGACCGGACCAGAAACCCUGGACGCAGUUGCAGUAAGAACCGAAUCAUGUUUUAUGUAUAUUUUUUAUUUAUUAUCAAUCCGCCCCUUACCGGAGCUGCACGACCACACUUAGCUAAUCGUGCUCGAACUGCGCACCGAUAGAUAGUAUUCCAAAGCUGUAAGGUACAUGAUGAGUUGAGCAGUAAAUAUAGAUUAAGUAAGCAGGAGGGUAUAUCUUAUGAAGGAUGUUCAGUGGACGCAUGUAGUCGCUGGUCCAUCCACAAAUGAAUGUAUUAUUAAUGUACGUCAUGCCGCGAGACGGCGCGAUACGGGAACGAACCCGAUAAAGCAGCGUAACGAAACCACUAAAGCCGAAACCAUUAAUUAAAACUACUUGUUGGAGUAUCAUCUACGGUCGGGGAUUUCGAAGAAUAACCAACCAUCCGGCGAAUGAAUUGUGGCUGAAUCCUAGCAAAUUAUGAAUUACGUCGAUUCUCCCGAAAAUAAAGCCACCAUUCAACACAAACACAUCGUGUCGGUCACAACGGUCACUUUUAGUGAAGUGCUUGCGACAACAUAGUAAAACAGAGAGAUAUGCAGCGAUUAAGCAUUUUGCACAUCCAUCGGAGUGGUGGCACUCGAACAACGUAGUUGCAGGCUUCGCCGACCGGUGCAUCACAAUCGAUACAACACGGACUUCAAACGAGUCGUAGUCAUGUACUUCCAAAUCGAUUGUGAUGCUCUGCGCGGCCUCUUAUCAUAUGCACCACGAUGCACAUGUGUGUUACAGGCUGCCCAAAGGAUUCGCUGCUGCAGUAGUUGAGCAGUUUAUCUCUCGCGGGCAAAAGGAUAAACUGAACAACUACUGUGCAUCGAUCGCUGUACGACUCGGGUUCGUUCCAAUUAAUUGCAAAGCUAUGUGUACUUUUAUUCUACUGGAAGGUUGAGGGUCUAAUGUAAAGAAGGAAACAAACAAAAAGAGGGAACCAUUAACACUACGAUAAAGAAAGACUUUUUUGUAUUGUAAAUAUUGUUAUAGCUAAACACAUUCGUCUAACGAUACUUUCUGUAUAAAACGAUGCUCCAACUAAUGCAAAGAAGUCAAUAAAACUUACGCGACCCCAUACAAUUGUGUGUCUUAG